UUUCCAAGAAUGAGUCUCUGCGUUUGUUUCCAGAUUAAAUAGAUUUGCACCUUCAAGCAUGAGCAUUUGGAAGGGAGCUGCAGGUUUGACGCUUUCAUGCUUGCUUAUUUCGACCUAUGGGUUUACAAUACCAUUGCCAAAGGCGGGCCUGCAUUGGACCAUGCUUCGUACCGAUCUGAAUGUUCCACGUGGGAAGACCAUAAGCGAACGAAUGCAUGGACGCAAAUCAUCCAUCGAUGGAUUUCAUAGUUUAUUUAGUUCGAAGAAGCUCGAGGAUUGGGAAUCCGUCGAUCAAAGACAUGAGACGUCACAAUCUGAAGAUUCUCCAAAAACAGAAGGCCAAAAUUCAGCUUUCGAUGAAUACAAUACGUGGUGCCGGUGUAUCGAUGAGACAGUGGCGUCAUUGGUCAAAAAGCAGAACGCUCUCGAGAAAGAGCUGGAAAAAGCAAACGACGUUGAGCAGACAGUUAUUCGAGCUCAGCUUCUCACAGCCAACUUGUUCAAGUUUAAAGGUGGAGUCACGUGCGCUGCAGUUCAAGACUGGCAUAACAAUGGCACUAAAUUGGAAUUGAUUCUAAACCCUCGGUACAAAACUGCGGCCCUUGAAGCUGAUGCUCUCUUCAAGCGGGCACGCAAAUUGAAACGAGGAUCAGCUGUGAUUUCCGACUUACUCGACGAAACACACAACGCCUUGACUUUUUUAUCAGAGAUCAGAACGGAUUUCGGCACCAUAGAACACGGUGAUAGCUCAAAGAUUGACGUUGACAUGCUUAAAUUGUUUCAGGAUCGAUUGCUUCAGUCCUCGAGAAGAACUGGCUUCAAAGCCCCCAUGGAAGACUCGUCUACCGUCUCCACAGCAGGCACCAUGAACCGUGCGAGGAAAGCUGCGGUUGGAACGCCUGCUUCGAAUCUGCGAAAGCUGACUUCACCAGCAGGCUGCACAAUUGUUGUUGGGAGAAAUCGAAGAGGGAAUGAAUAUUUGACUUUCAGCAUGGCUCGAGGCAAUGAUAUUUGGUUGCACUCCCGAGGUUGUCCCGGUGCCCAUGUACUCAUUCAACAGCGUCGCGGGAGUGCACAAGUGACAGAAGAAUGCCUCCAGCUAGCUGCAGACUUGGCUGUAUUUUAUAGUGAUGCGCGUAGGGAGCAGCGAGCGGAUGUAAUGGCCGCGGAACCCAAGCACAUACUAAAGCCCCGCGGGUCUCCAUUAGGUACAGUCAAGGUUCGGGAAGAAUGGAAGGUGCUAGCUGGAUUUCCCGACAAUGUCCCACGCGAGCUCAAAGAAGCCCGCGAAGAGUCAGGCCAGCUGGAAGAAUACCGUGCGGCCAACAAGGCAAAGCAUCGCAAGCGGAACAAGGAAGCUACGAAACAGCAGAAGGCGAAAGAACGGUCAAAAACAACCAACUGA